GAGAAGCCAUUCGCUUGCCCCAUGUGCUCGUACCGUGCAUCGCAGCGCGGCAACCUCAAGCGCCAUAUCCGCCUGCAUGAUCCGCUUACGCAGUGACAGUAGCACUGCCAACUCAUGCCUCGGAGUCCACGAUGGGUCUUCAGCAACAUCACGGGCAGCCUGGCACAGAUCAGCGUCGCUUCCGUUGGGCGUCCUGGCAGGAGGAAUGCCUAAAUUCAAUUCUGCAAGUUUACCAAUUGUUCCUAGACCUAAAAAGUCUAUUAUUAGCGACAGCUCUGAGGCAAAAUCAUUUGUCUGCACAUUUUGCUCCUACCAAACUAAUGUAAAGACAAAUUUUCGAGUGCAUCUGCGCACCCAUACAGGCGAGAAACCCUACGAGUGUCCAUACCCUCAAUGCACAUACCGGUCGUCCCACAAGUCAAACCUUAAACCUCACAUGCUAAGGCAUCAAGCUCAGUCACCUACAAACAUGCGUUACAAUCUCAGCACAAACGUAGACGCAACUCUCGACUACAGCCUUGCUGCUCAAUCAUUGAUGGACAUCAAUUCAUCUCAGCCCUCGAAAACCUCGCAAGUUUAUACCUCUUGCACUUCUUCUUAUGUUACAGCUGGGCCUCCUGGAGUCCCGUAUGAAGGCGACCAACUCUACAGUAUAUUUGCUUCGUCUUCUGAUGCUUCGAAUAUUUUGUCUAAAGCAUGCCUUCCUGCUGAUGUUCCAUCCCAGUCAUUCCAGUUAUCUGCAACUGUCGGAACUUCAUCUUCAGUGGCCACUGAAUCAGUGGGCGAACCCAUUUGUUUGUUGGGGACGUCUCCAACACAGCCUGAAUAUUCUAAUUACUCGGAAUCUCAAGAAAAGUCCGAAUAAGAGAAACUCUUUUAAAUUCCAUUGACGUCUCUACCAUGACGGAUGUGAAUCACAUUGAUUUCAACAUCCAGAAGUCAUGCAAUGCCAAUGCGUCAAACUUAUCACGUUCUGAAGUCAACUUAUACUACAAAGCUAACUGUUCUCCGUUCAUUUUCGUACCGGUCGCACAAUCUAACGGUCACUAUUUCAUGUGUGGCAAAAGAGAUCUAAGUCAUUCAGUAUUCUUACUACCCUGCUUCAACAUGAGAGGUCUAGAUUCCUGUAGUAGAUUGUUAUUGCAGCAUUUAUUUAGACCCAUUAGUGUGUACUCGAUUCCUAGCAUCACUAUGGUUUUUUGUUGAAUUUUCAGUGUGUAACAAAGCAAAAUAUGUAGAGUAUACAUUUUAUGAAACUCUUUGAAAGCUCUGUUACUCCAUGACUGAUUAACCGAGUUGUAACUGCAGUUUUUAUAUUGCUUUUCUACCUCUCAUUCGUUACGCUUAUGAUACCUACGAGGCAUUUUUCUUCGAUUACAGGUAUAUUUGAGUGCCCUUGCCAUGUAUUUUUUAAAUUUUUUUCAUUCAUUUAAUUCAAGAAUAUGAUAUUUAUGCGAUGUAAGAUAACGCUCUAGCGACUAGAGAUGAACUUUUUAUGGUGUGUGUAAGUAGAGUUCUACAUAACUUCGUAAUCGCUUUAUCCUACACAACUGUAAUACACAGCUGUAAACUCGGAUCGUAUUUGUGAAGCCAACGUAGAUGUCUCCCAAUCUACUCUCUUACUUACUUUGGUUCCGAAAAUGCAGAUUUUUCCUUUAAUUUUCUUAUAAUAUGUCAUUGUUUGAACGUCGUUGGCUUUUAUUUACAUUUGCAAUUUCGUUAUCAUAUGCAAAACCAAUGAAUGAAAAUAUUUUACGUUUGAGUCAUUAUGAAUUGAGUGUGCAUUAGUUUCUCGUAAAUAGUGUUUUCAUGAGGCCUGUAUCAGACAAUACUUGUACAGCAAUCCUAUGUGAACCGCGUUUCAUGAGCAUUGUUAUUGAGAGUGCCACCACAAGCUAGUGUUACCGCAUAAAGGAUCUCACUUGCGUUUUUUUCUGGAUUCGUAGGUAUGAUACCGUGUACCUUGCUUUUCUGUCUCUCAUGCGGGUGGCCGAUGUCUCUUGUACGCGUAGCUUUUUUCUGUUUCGGUCCUCAAUUCCUCCCAAAUUUUCGCCUCUCUGAGAUGGUAACGAUGCUUCCUGCUCAGUUGCUUCAGUGCGCUGUCGGUUUCUGACUUUCCAACAUCACUUGUAGAUGAUGUUGGUGCAGGAAAUUUGCUAUGCUGACUUUAGUUGGGAAUAAUAUCUUUUGACUUGCGCUAUGAGAUGGAUUCGUAGGUGAAAGUCUAGUAAGCCAAGUAAACUACCACUAGUGUUAGGAUGCAUUGUCGAUCUUAAAUAGAUUUGA